AUGGCCGACCACGCACCCCCAUCGUCGAGCGCUCAGGGCAUCUUCUCCCGCCGCCCCUCGUUUUUUGGUGGAAAGAACAAGGGACACAAGCAAGCACUGUCAACUCUAUCCCCGCCCACGCUCAAUCUAACGCCCGCCGCGGCCAGCACCAGCCCCGAGCUAGACACCCCCCCGACCGACCCGGACCAAUACCAAUUUCCCCCCAGAGUGCCUACGACGCCACAGCGACGCAGACAGGCCAGCAGCAGCAGGCACAGCAUCGCAUCGUCGGUGACGGAUCUCGGCUCUUCGCUGCGGCGCUCACGGUCCGCCUCGCUUCGAACCAACACGUCCGACAGCACGGCCAAGUCAUCGUCCUCGCAUAAGAGGCUCCCCUCGGCCACCCUGGCGCUCACCUACUCCCCCGAGAAGGCUCCGGUCCCCAACACCACUUCCAAUGCCUCGCGGCCCGCCCUCUCCAUCUCCACCUUCUCGCGCAACAAGCAAAAAAGCAGCGACAACGUAAAGACGGACCCCGUCCACGACAAGAGCCCGCUGAGUGCUGUCGACAAGCCCAAGACGCCCUUUGCCAACAUGGCCGUCCCCAUGCCACUACGACAUCCCCCCUCGCAAAAGGAGAUUCUCCAGGCAAACCAGCAGUCGAAUCGCACUCUGGCUCCAGCAGCCCCCAUCCCCGUGCCCAAUGGCUCAAACCCAAACAUGGUAUUCCAGCACAUCCACGAGCUCGCCUCGAAACGGAUAUCCACCUUGGACUACCUGCGGAAAGCCCACGAAGGCAGAAUCUACUGGUUCAACACGCUCCUCUUCUCCAAAACAGACCUCACGCGCCUCCCCUCCUUCACCACGCGCAACCAAGCCCGCCGCGCAACCCACUACCUCCUCCUCGGCUUCUCCCUCCCCACCAUCCUCGACCUAAACGCGAACUCCCCGUCCGACUACCUCAAAGCCCUCAACGCCCUGCUCAUAGAAUUCGAGCAGUACCAAUCCAUACACCCGGCCGACGGCUCCACUCCGUCCACCCUGUCCCGCGCCCGCCUCCCGCAAAUGUUCAAGCGCGCAAACAUGGGCAUGAGCAUGACCAUGGGGUCCAAGGGCCGCAGAUCGAGCUCCGCGAAUGGCGACUUCCCUAUGCUCACGCCGAGCAAUAGCUUCUCGGGUAGCGAAACGAGUGGUGCUGGUGGUACAGACCACGACUCGCUCCUGCCCAACGAAUCUUACACGCACUUGCAAACCCCUUCUCUACCAUUUGACCCAGACUUCUUCAGCACGUUUGCCACGCUGUGCGAUGUCUUGAUUGAUUGCUACACAAAGAUUCUGAGCAUGCUGAGUACGCCGGAGAGUGUGGCUGUGGCGGGUGGGGGGCAGCCUAGUCUCGUGGGCGAUUUGUUCAACAAGGCGGAUGCGAGGGUGCGCAAGAUUAUUCUUGCGGGCGUGGUGAGGGAGUUUGAGGAUAGUUGUAGAGCUGGGUUGAAGAGUGAGGUUGGCGGCGUGGGCAAGGUUGUGCUUGGGGGGUUGAUGUAA